CCCACCCGUGAAGUGUAUCCCCCACCAACCACCCACGCCCGUGGUUAUAAGUAUAAUGUCGUCUUUGUAAGUAUGAGCUUUGCCAACACAGCUGUGUGGUGACGUUCUACAGAUAUUGAUGAAGAAAAAUCAAUGUGGCCAUAGCGAGCCCGCCCAAUCAGACGCCAGCAAUGCCUGCAUUGUAAUGUGUAUUAUGUUCUAUAUCGAUUCAGUGUGCAUUCUCAACACGUCUCGAUGUGGUAAAUAUGUGGCUCGUUUAGUGCACUGCCCUCUCGCCAUGCCAAUAAUUGUCAUUCCAGUUAGUUAUGUGAAUUAGCGGAUGAUUAUUCAUUAACAGUUUUUGUACGAACGUACAGAUCUGCACAAAGGCAGUCGGCCAUACUGUCGUGGUUCAUGGAUUCUCCAUCUUGAAGCAAAGAAGUGAAGGAUGAGGCGUGAUUUUGCUGUCUGAAGAGCACAACGACAGGUCGUGGUGUGAGUUUUGUUGGAGUGGUCGAGGCUGCAUACUGGACAUCUGACCUCCAACCCCUUCCACACUGUCAGGAAGCUACCAUUUUCCUCAUUCCCAGGCACUGACUGACCAUUCUACUGUCACUAUGGCAACCUAAGUUCUAGCUGAUGUCAGGGUAUGUGACAGUUGAGUGAAGCCGACACAAGAUGUCUGAUAUGAGUGACAGCGAGCAUACCAACCUGAUGUCCUCAGGAUCUCGAGGUAAAGACAAGAAAUCGCCAGAUUGGAGCCGCUAUGGGUUAAGCACAGAACAGCAGCAGGCCUCCAAAUCAUCACCUAUCCCUCCAACCUCCAACCCUCAUGAUGAUGCAGGGGGAUUCGACGAAGGACGACAAAAUGAACUGUUCCGGGAAGAUCAGAACCUGUCCCAACAGCCAUGGUGGAAGUCCAACUUCUUCAUCUCGGAGCCUGUGCUGUUUGGGACGUGGGAUGGUGUGUUUACAUCCUGCCUUAUCAACAUCCUCAGCGUGGUCAUCUUCCUCCGUAUGGGAUGGAUUGUGGGUAAUGCUGGAAUCGGACUAUCGAUCGUGACAGUGCUGCUGUCGGUGUCUAUUGUGUUGAUCGUGGCUCUCAGUGCUAUAGGGGUGUGUGAGCGAUGUCGUAUGGAGAGUGGCGGCGUGUACUUCCUCAUCUCCCAUGUCCUGGGUGGACGCAUCGGCGGCAGCGUUGGCAUUAUCUACUGCUUUGCUCAGUCUGUCAGCUGUUCUCUCAGUGUGAUGGGUUUUGGCGAGUCUAUCAUGGAGCUGAUUGGUCAGUCCAACCCCUGGAUUGCUCGGGGCAUCGCUUUCGGGAUUGUUUUACUUCUGCUGUGCAUCAAUGUGGCGGGUGUCAAGUGGGUGAUCCGGCUCCAGCUUCUUCUCCUGCUGGUGCUCUUCCUGUCUGCCAUGGACCUCAUGGUCGGCUCCUUUGUACACACGGAUGUAGAAAAUGGAGUCAUAGGUUACACGGAGAGGAACUUCCUCAACAACUCAGGUCCCUCGUAUGCCCCUGGGGAGGACUUCUUCAGUAUAUUUGGUCUUUUCUUUGCCACGGUAACGGGCAUCCUGGCUGGAAUCAAUAUGAGUGGGGACCUGCGAGACCCUUUCUACAAUAUCCCCCGUGGCACCCUGGCUGCUCUAGGGGUGGGAACUUUCCUGUACAUAUCGUUUAUCUUUGUACUGGGGGCGACCUGUCUGCGAAUGUACUUACUGGAGGACUACAUGAUUGCUGAAAAGGUGUCUGUUGUGGGAGUGCUGUGGUUGGCCGGACUCUACCUCUCCUCUGUAUCGUCCUGUAUGGGAAGUCUGUACGGGCCGCCGAGGAUUCUCCAGUCUAUAGCCAAUGAAAAUGUUAUACCAAUUAUCAAAAUACUUGGUCAUGGGCGAGGGCCCAACAAGGUUCCUGUGUAUGCACUGAUCGUGAUAACCCUGGUGGUGCUGCUGUUCAUCUGUGUGGGGCAGGUGAACACCCUGGCACCGGUGGUGACCACGGCGUUUAUGUUGACAUACGCAUCUAUAGAUUACUCCUACUUCGCUCUGGCCAUGAGCUACGACCGGCGCAAAGACCGAGAUGCCCGGUUCACGCACACCGGUGCUGGGUACGGUGAUAAGGUGCGCAAGUACAGUGCUGACAGUGAACUGCUUAACGGAAGUGUUGGGUACGGGGCGACUGGGAAAUCUAUUGAUGUCACCACUCAUAAAGACUCUUUCGAAAAACUUGCUAAUGACCUUGACAAACUGUUUCCCGAGCGGCUGACUCAGCGGGGCCAGCACCACCUGGUGAGGCAAACCAGUAUUAAUAGCGGUAGUAAUGCCACAACACCUGAGGCGGACUUUGAUGCCACGAAGAGGAAGAUCUCGAUUGAUGCUACAUCAGAAAAGGGGGAAGAUUCAGGAGACACAACCCAGUUGAUUGGUGUCAAGAAACAGCCGAACACCGAGAUCACCAAACAGCCGAGGUCGUGGUACUCCGUGCUGUGUAACAGAUGGCUGUCUCUCCUGGGGACCCUUGGCUGCAUGAUCAUCAUGUUCUCCAUCCAGUGGGUGUACGCUCUCGUGGAAAUCACCGCCUUCCUCGCCGUGUACUUCUACAUCGGACACUCUAGCCCCGGCUACUUCCCAGGUAUUGCAGAGUUCAACUUGUAUGAAUGGCUUAAAAAUGGCAUCCUUAGAUGUUGCAGACGCGGACCAGAUCCCCAAGAACACAUCAUUGUGGCUCCAAAGACACCUGCCGUUCAAACCCUUGCAGCUCAGUUGACGGCAGACAACGAAGACUUCGCCAACAGAGGGCGCUACCACCAAUCCGAGAUUGUCCAGGGCGAGAACUUUGACGAUUAUGACAGUGACUGAGUGGGACAGUUACAGCUUCCAUAUCUUGUAAACCCAUAGCCAAAUAUCUUUUCUGGUCCUCUGUGACCAUGGAUCACUACCCCCAUCAAACCAGUGCAAUAUUCUUUAGUGCAAUUUUAAGUUACGAAAUGACCAUUUAGAAAGUCAUUAUGUUCCCAGGAAAUUACAAUCUAUGUACACUUACAGUGUCAUAUCAGGGGUUAUGGGUGGGUAAAGUUUUAAUUUAGGGUAAAUUCUGUUGCCAACCAACACAUAUACUACUUAAUAAGGGCUGUGAUUCCAGUUGUUUUGUUGUCAUAUAGAAGUUAUGUAGAUACUUAACAUCAAUAUAUUUCCAAGGCAAAAUCUUCUCGAGGUGUCAACUUAGUUAAAUGUCUAAUAAUGUCAAGAUUACAACCAUCUAAGAAUUUACCUAGCUGAAACAUUUUAGAAUGAAAAUAGGUUUCAGUACAGCUUCGAUUCCAAUAUACUGAAAGGUCCAUCUAAAAAUCUGUCCCUUACCUUCUCAGUCGACCAUUCCAACUUGACCUGUUAUGGAACUUUCUAAAACUGUUAUACACCGUCUCAUGUUAAGAUAAAUAACAGGGUUAACCACUGUCACGAGUCUGUUAGAACAAGACAGUGAAAUUCUAGAGGGGCUAUUUUCCCCAAAUGUAAUUAUUUUACAUAAAUCACAAGUAAAGAGCUAAGAACUAGGUGGUUAUGGCCAAUGGCGUCAACCACUGAAGUCAAGUGUUGUGCCAAGGAUAAAUGUUUGAUUUUUGAAGAUGCAUAUUGUACCUCGGGGUCAGGUUCAAUUGAGAACAAACUUGUACCUCUGUUUAUAUCAUUUCUAAGGUUUUCUGAGCUGAUAAUUGCUGAACUAUCACGUCCAUGUAUGACAGAAGUGACAGGGUGUAUAAGUGGACAUUUCCAUCUAAACAAACUAUGGUCAUUGUCAAACUGUUCAAUAUGAUCUCCUAGGUAUCAGAUUGUUAUGCAGUGUUUGAGGUCAUUCAUCACUGUCCCACUUCAUGACUCUUGAGCAGGAAAACCAAACUAGAAGCUUACCCCUUGUAAAGAGAACUAGAGUGUAGCUUUGUUGAUAAAGCAUAGACUCAUCACACAAAGAGCUGGGUUUGAUUCCCAACAUGGUACAAUGUGUGAAGUGUAUUCUUGGUAUUUUCUUCUGUGAUCGCUGAAAGAGUGCUAAGAGUGAUGUUAAGCCGUACUAACUUGUGGACCUCAAAAGAGAUGAGAUGACAUGGGGUUUAGCGUCACAUCCAAGAUUAUUGCACUUAUAUAGCGACGAGCAUGCAAGUCUUUUGGUAUGAUGCGGAUGGGGAUCGAACCCCCGACCUUCCACUCUCCGGGCAGAUGCUCAAACACUGGACCACAGAGGCUGUUAGACCUAACAGGACGACAAGCAGCCCCAAAACUAGCCCAGGUGCUGUAUCUGCUACAACUGACGUCAAAUACAAAAUAUAUUUAAGCAGCAUCAAACUAGCAAAGCCACCUGAAGGAAGAGUCUUGGUCAAUCUCCACUUUCCCACUUACUUGAAAUGCUUGGUAUAUAACCUGUCCUCACUGUCUCACUGGCUACAAAUAUAUCUAUAUACCUGCAUGAUUGUGAAUGUCUUGUCACAAGUCAGGUGUAUCUGUACUAUUCUUGUGUUAUCAUCCAAAUUUACAGUUACACGUUUUUGUUUUUUCUCUCUGCAAAUUCAAGUUUUGUCUGUGAUAUUAAAAUCAUAACCCCAUCUAGCUUUAUCAAUGCAUGUGUGGAACAAAAUGUUCUGAAUGAUAAAACCAAUGCUUCAUAUUUAUCUUUAAUGUUUGGCGACAAAACUAGAUGUUGUCUGGAGUUAUCGGAUGCUUGGUGCAAACACACUUGCUACCUUUACUUCUACUCUAUAAGGAAGGGUUAGUUGUGCUUUUAUAUCCAUUCAUAGGGACAUGGUAUAGGAAUUUAGCUUGUGGCGAGUCAGAUAAUAUGGAGCAUAUUGCACAUGAGGUAUAAAGUUUGUUCCAAAGGGUUGCUCGAUCAUUUUAAAUCCAGACAUCAUUCUACAAUUGUAUUACACCAGGUUAUUUUGUAUGGUCAAACAUGCAGACUUCAUAACCAUUCCUAAUGAAAAAAACUAAAUGUUCGAGGCUGUUGAGUGUUGUAUUAGAAUAAUGACCGUCUCAAGGACGGUGGACAUACGACAGAUGUGACAGAAGAUAUGUUUGUUUGUUACCGUUUGUUGGCCAGUUUCAUUGUUAGAGGCUAGAUGUAGUGGUCGGUUUACAUCGCUGUUUAGUGUUUACCUCUUGUGUACGACAUUGUCGCAGAAACAUUUCAAUCUAAAUCAUACCACAUAAAUCUCGAUUUGCAUGGAAAGUUGUUAAAAUUUAUGAGAUAUGGAAUAUUAAACUUGAUUUCCAUCUUUAAAAAGACGGUAAAAAACAUUCAGAAUUCAUUCAUUCAUUCUUUGUCAAAACCAAUUAUUGUUUUAAAAAUUAAAAAAUACAUCAUGUAUCAUGUUCAGGAUCAUUUUCUUAACUUGAAAAUAUUUUCAGGGUUAAUAAUUUAAGCUGAAUCUCAAUACCACACAAACAAAUUUAAGCUGAAUCUCAAUACCACACAAACAAAUUUAAGCUGAAACUCAAUACCACACAAACAAAUUUAAGCUGAAUCUCAAUACCACACAAACAAAUUUAAGCUGAAUCUCAAUACCACACAAACAGCUCCUUCUUUGAUGGGCUUACUAUUUUUCUCAAAAAUCAUAUACAGCAUGUAGCAUUUUACUAACAUAUCUUGUGUACUGGUACUUCCUGUUCUCCAAUUCUAAGCCAACUUUAUCAGAUGUUCUAUAUUCUUGCAGAUGUCUUGUGUUAAUUGUUCCAAGUAGGAUGUCUAGUUAACUAUACUCUAUGUGUCAGUCAAGUAUAUUUCCCAAUGAUCUGCCAUAGUACAUUAUUCCAUACUUUGACUCUACUCUAUUGUCUGUGUCAGUAGCUUAUUGCCUGAUUAUCAGUGUGUGUACACUCCAUACUCCUAAAUAGAUCUGCGCAGUCGACCUAGCUUGAAUGUCUUACAAACUAAAUUACAAAAUGCUCCUAUUUGCUGCAGUAUUUGUCUAGCUAAAAAAUAUCUGUUCAUAUGAAAUUUGUAUGGGUUAACAAAAUCAGUCUUUCUUCCAUUCACACCAUGAGAUAUCCCCGAGUUUCAACAGGUGUGCAUGUAACAUGUUGUAGCACUGGACAAGGUAUAUAUACAUGUUGGAUGACUGAGUGAGCAAGGACAUCUACAUUGUUUCAGAAUAGGUAUUACUGAACCAUGCACGUUACCGAGAUCAUUUCCCCAUUGUAUCAAACAUUUCAAGUUGAAGAUAUAAUUUGGAUACAGUGUAACCCCAUGAAACAGUCUGGAAAUUCUGCCUUCAACAUGAGUUCUGAUUAAAUAUUUGAGCAUCUCCAAAGGGACAUCACCUUGUACCAAUGAUUCUUAAUCCAAACCUGUUUUGGACUGUAAUGGGUCUAUUUCACUGUAUUCAAUUGGGAUUGUUGGCAAACAUUCCAGAUAAUAAAAUUAACUAACCAUGAUAAGGUAAGAUAAGAAUCGUUGUUCACUUAUAUAAGUAUGACCCUAUCGAAUAUCACUUGCAGAACAACUCUUCCACGUCUCAUUUAAAUCAAGACGAGCAUCAUAUGAUUUAUCCAUGACCAGGGCCAUGCUUUAAGCAUACGAGCCCUGAACAUGCAUUUCAUCAGAAUGUUAACUGUCUCAUCUUCAGAAAGACGCCCACUACAGUUGUGGAGAGCUUCCUGCAGACAGUAUGUCCAGGGCAUUUACUAUAACGAGUUAUGUUGUGAUAGUAUGUUACACUUGGAAAUGUCUUGUUCAUGUCUUUAUUUCAAAUGUUGUGUUGUGUUAAGUUAUUUAACAUAUUCAUUGAGAGAGCUAUAUUUAUUGAAAAAUAAAACAAUGCAAUGAAUUCA